AUGGACCCAAACAACCGCAUCACCAAAGACACCUCUUCCCGGAAGAACACCCCCUCUUCUUCAACCACCAUUCACUCAGCCAUCGAAUCGGCCGCCAUGCUCGCCUCCCGCGAAGCCUACACCAAGAGCAUCUUCGCCGGCUACCAGGAUAAAAUCGCCACCAUUGAAUCCGAACAACAGACUCUCAUCGACGAAGCCGUGAACAGAGCAGUCAUCGCCUCCAACGACCAGAUCCAGAGACUGGAGGAGACAAUCAGCCAGCUAAAGACAAUGGUACACGACGGCAAAGCCCAAGUCGCGAACGUCCAGAACGAAAUGGCGGGAAAGACGACGGCGUUCGAGAGGACGAUCCGGCGUUUGAACAAGCAGCUCGAAGUGGGACCGAACUCGUGGUUCGAGAUCCACGUUUCGGGCAAGUCGCGGAAGACGAGGACGUACGUCAAGAGGCCUGGGGCGCCUUUCAACGAUACGCUGGCGGAUUUGGCGAAGGAUUGGAGUAAGACGGUUGAUUAUAUGCGGUUUAAGGUGGGAGCGGGGGAGGUUUUGGGGAAGGAUAGGAGGAUUUUGUUGCAGUUGGGUGUCAAGGACGGGGAGACGAUUGAGUUUCUGGCGUGA